AUGCCAUACACUGCGCCAUCAAAGACGUUGCUCGCCGCGCAGCACAUUGAGUACUCAAAACCAACCGAGCCCUGCGAGCGGCCCGGUUUAGCUCGAUCCUCCUCGGGACGGGUUCAGACUUCCCGUUCAUAUUCUUCUACCUCAUAUACCCGUCGUCAUCGGAGGAGUCCUUCGAACACCAAACCGACGGUGCAUUCAGCUCCAGAAUCCCCGGCCCGGGCCUCCCCCUCUAUCGAUCCACACGCCAGUCUCCGUCAGUCCCCACCACCAAUAAGCAAUGCUAUCAUCCCUCCUGGGGCGGUAAUAUCGCCUCCUGAGUCCGCACUGAACUCAAGUGAUGAAGAAUCACCAUACCGGAGUGGUGAGGGUGUCAAAUUUGACGAGCUGGAGGCUGCCGUUCGAUCGAUCAAACUAAGGAGGGAGAGUUCACCGGAAAGAAUGGGUCAAUCAGACCCAGAAACGUCGACUCGGCCUUCUAGUGCACAAUCGACCGAGACAAAGCCCACUCGGCCCAAGCUCCCCCAACUACCAUUAUCCAAAGAAGCUCGCAAGAUCACCCACUCUCGAUCAUCCACUGAAACCGCCAUCGAGUUGGCUCGGGAACAGGCACUGACUAGCUCGCCCGAGGAAAGUGACGUGGAGAUGUCGUGCAAGCCCCCAAUGGUCCGUAAGAAGUCAGGUGAGCUUGUUCGACCUGCUCUUCGUCCUUCUUCGGCACGGCGACGACCAUCCAGCAUGCCUGGCACUCCCGUCUAUUCCAAGGCGGUGCACUUUGACUCUCACUUGGAGCAUAUUCGUCACUUCCUUCAGCUGGACCGGCCAUUGGCUGUCAGCACAGAAACCUCACCAGUUGAAAACCACGACAGCAAGGCUGAGUUUCCCUUUGGAUCUGGUGCUGACUCGCGCGGUCCGUCGUGGGAGUGGGAGAUCAAGCUUGCCAAUUGGCCCAAGGAUAUCUCUUCACGUGACACUCGUCCGGUCCGCCUGGAGCGAUUGUUCUUGUCGGCUGAUAAGAACACUUUGAUCGGCACUGUGGCAGUGGCCAAUCUUGCUUUCCACAAGAAUGUGACAGCUCGUUUCACACUGGAUUAUUGGAGGACUACCUCGGAGGUUGCAGCGGCAUACUGCCAUGAUGUUCGCCGCCAGCAAGUUGCCGACGGGUUCGAUCGCUUUUCGUUUGACCUCAAGCUCAAUGAUCAGGCCAAUCUGGAGACCAAGACCAUGUUCAUGUGCAUCCGCUAUAACGUGGCGGGACAGGAAUAUUGGGAUAACAAUGAUACUGUGAACUAUCAGGUUGAUUUCCACAAAGUACCCAAGACCCCCGCGAGCAAGCCUCCAAGUGGCGGAUCUCGCCCUGCUCUUCCGCGCAGCCGAUCCUUCACCAGCUCCCAUAGCAUGCGACCGCACUCCAUGCCGCCUACCUAUGAUUUCCCCGACCUCAGCGAUAAGAAGCCAUUCACAAACUCAUUCAAUAACGCGAAUGGUACGCCCUUGACUCGCACGCCCUCGGAUGAGAUCGAUACGGUCGAGCCGCCUAAACGACGUGAAAAUUCCAAGGCAUUUGGGAACCGGUACGACUUCGGAGCGUCGCUGUCUGCUGCUAUGCGGUCGAAGGCUCCUCUGGAUCGGACCGCUCUGACUGCCCGUGCGAGAUCUGGGGAGACCGUGGUGCCGGAGACCUCUAAGCCGACCAAGAAAACACCCAGAUUUGAGCAGGGUCCUACUUCUGCAGUGAGCGAUAAUAUCCGCACUGGAGCUCGUGUGGAAGAUCUGAAACCUUCCUCUCUGGUAUCUAGCAAGCCACAGCUCGAGUCCUCAGUGUACCAGGAGUUGGUCGAUAAAUACUGCUUUUAUGGGUCUCCGCAAGGAUCGAACCUCAAGGCACACCCAUCAAUCUCCAGCGGUCGUGAAGGCGAGGCCCCAAAACAUAUCUCUGCUCCAGCCUGUCCUUCGCCGCCGCUGUCUCCUCGCUCUCCUGCUCCUCUCAGCGCUCCUGUGGCUGUCAACCCACGUGCCUCUCCACGGCCCUCGGCCUCCCCCUUGUCUUUUCGCUAUUCUUUCAACCGCGGUUUCAUGACUGAUCCUCACUCUCCAACGGUCAUUAGAGGUGGUUUCGACCAGCAGCACAUGUGA